GGAUGCAAUUGCAGACAGAACAACCAGCGACAAGGCCCAGAGCUCUCCGCUGUGUGUAGUCGAAAGAAUUAGCUGGUAGACUACAGAAACAGGCUGCCUUAUUUUGGAUAGCUGUUUCAAUACAUUUGCACACAUUUAAGUGGAUUUUAUCUCACAGUACCGGGAAAAGGAAGCACCGGGGAUAAACUGGGCGGAACUUCAGCGUUCGGACAGGUUUUCUGUGGAGUAAAAAAUUCACCUUUGGAAGUUUGGUGAUUGUUUUGGCGCUCUGGGAGGAGUGGGGAGUGAAGAGACCGAGAUUGGUUUUGGAUCCUAUUUUGAGUCAGGAGACGAACAUUUUUUUGACCACAGACGUUGUACAAAAUACGGGAUUCUCAGAUCUAUUACUGGGAGAAGACGCUGUGCGUGUUUCGAUUUCUCCGACAUAUUUCUCUUUUUCGAGGCCCGUGUGGUCCGGCCGUCCCGGGAAGAUGACGUUGUGAAGCAUGUCCACUGGCCGGGCGCUGGGGAGGGAAGCAGGAACGUUGAUGGCUGGUCAUAGUGAUCAAAUGGUCUUCUAAAGACGCCAUGGGUAGCUGCUGUAGCUGUCCAGACAAAGAGUCGAUCCCAGAUAACCAUCAGAGCAAAUUUAAGGUGAUCAACGUGGACGAUGACGGGAACGAGCUGGGCUCGGGCGUGAUGGAGCUGACGGAGGAGGAGCUCAUCCUGCACACGCGCAAGCGCGAGGGCGUCCGGUGGCCCUACCUGUGCCUGCGUCGCUACGGCUACGACUCCAACCUCUUCUCCUUCGAGAGCGGCCGCCGCUGCCAGACCGGACAGGGGAUCUUCGCCUUCAAGUGCGCUCGGGCCGAGGAGAUCUUCAACAUGCUGCAGGACAUCAUGCACAACAACAGCAUCAGCGUGGUGGAGGAGCCCGUGCUGGAGGCUCCCCAGGGCCCCGCGGAGGGAGAGGUGCCCCGCACCCCCCGCACCCCCACCACUCCAGGCUACACUUCCCCUGUCGUACCCAACGGUGUGCUGCGCUACCCCUCGUUCAGCGACGCCCCCUCACGACCCUCCAGUCGGCACCCCUCCGUGGGGAGUGCCCGCCUACCAUCCGUGGGGGAGGAGUCUACGCACCCGCUUCUGGUUGCCGAGGAACCGGUCCACACCUACGUCAACACCACGGGGGUGCCGGGGGUGCAGGAGGACUGGCGCGGUCGCUGCGGUGCCCCCUCCCCCACGGACCCGCAGCCCCCCGACCGCGAGGCCGACGUCCCUCCGGAGCUUCCGGAACCCCGCGUCGUCCUGGAGCCCGCGGGGGUCAAAUUCGUCCUGGGCCCCACGCCCGUUCAGAGGCAGCUGAUGGCCAAGGAGAGGCAGAAGGAGGCGGGGCCAGCGGAGCAAGGGGGCGGGGCCACCACACAAUCUGCUCCGCCCGCCGGGAGCCUGAACGGGUUGCCGGGCGACGGGGACACCGGCUACGACAGCGACGAGCGGCGGGAGGCCCCGCCGGCGGGAGGCCCCGCCCACGAGCAUCUCAACGGCUCCGCCCCCCGGCGAAUCCGCCCGCCCAUGCCCUCCCCCGACCCCCACAACGCCAACAACUCUGCCCAGCGGAGGACCGCGCUGCUCAACUACGAGAACCUGCCGGCGCUGCCGCCGGUGUGGGAGGCGCCCAAGCCCAGCUCGGGCGGCGAGGACGAGGAGGACGAGGAGGAGGAAGAGGACGACACCUUCGGACCAAAGACGCCGUCGCUCAACGGCUACCACCAUCAGCACCACCACCACCACCACCACCCGCUCCAUCUCCACCUGCUCCACCAGCACGCGCUGGACCCCGCGCACAACUACGUCAACACGGAGAACGUGGCGGUGCCGCUGAGCGCCCACAAGCUGGACUCGGCCCGGCGGCGGGACUCCGCGGCCACGCCCACCGUCUUCAACUUCGACUUCCGGCGGCCGGGCCCGCCCGAGCCCCCGCGGCAGCUCAACUACAUCGAGGUGGAGAUGGAGAAGGAGAAGGGCUCGGACUCCAGCGGGCCCCACACCCCCAAAACCCCCACCACGCCCCUCCCCCAGACCCCCACGCGCCGGACAGAACUGUACGCCGUCAUCGACAUCCAGCGCACCGCCGCCAUGUCCAGCCUGCAGAGGGCGCUGCCGCGGGACGACGGCACCGCCAGGAAAACCCGCCACAACAGCACCGACCUGCCCAUGUGACCCUGCCGAGCACUGUGUACAGCCACACCUCUGUACUGUUUCCAAUAGAAUAUUAAACCUUUUUACUUUUCCUUUUUUUUUUUUUUUUUUUUUUGAAGUCAGAAGGGUUUCAGGUUGUGUAUUAGAUUUUUUUUUUUUUUUUUUUUUUGGUCUCCAGAUGUCAAGACAACACUAUUUAGAGGCCAAGUCACGAGUUAUGCGACGUAUAUAUUGUGCUCAACCUGUAAGGGAAUUAAAACGAGCCAGGUACAUGCCAUAUAAGCACUAUUGUAUUCCUACGGUAUGAUUCUACCUUCUUUUACCAAAUGAAAGUGUCCUGGGCCUGCGUAUGUUAGUUAUGACAGGCUAACAACCAGGCCAGGAAAGCAUUCCUUUUCCAUUCAACGGUACAAAGCAGCGACUGCUGAUUAGGCAUUACAAACCUCAAAAAAAAACGAUACACUACAUGCUGUUUGAAUCUCAGAAUCUGAAGAUUCCUUGGCAUGCACUAAAGUUUUCACUUUGCCACUACACAUGGUACAUGACAAAAUGUCCACUUUCUUCAGCCCGGUGAAGCUGUACUAUUUUUAGAUUGCCCUGGUUGCACUUAAGGUACCUUUGACAAAACGGCAGGUAUUUCAUGGCCAUUGCAUGCAAGCAGGACGCAUUGUUUACGUUUUGCAGAUGGAAAAAAAUAUUAUCUCCUGGCUAAUAGCUACAAAAAGUUACAGUUUUCUUCUCCCGAAUGUACUUGCUUGUUGAUGGGGAGUGUCACAUUAUGGUUACGUGUUCUUCUGGCAAUCUUGACAACAUUGAAUAAUCAAAGCUGUUUACGUCAAAUGAACUGUCAACCGUUCAUAGGAUCCGAGAGACUGCAGUCCAACUUUUCAUGGGUUAUCUUUUGCAUUGUAUCAUAUUGUAAGAUUAUAUGUUCUAACUUGCAUUAUACAAAUGAUAGUUUUUUUCUACCUACCUUGAAAUGCUUAAAUAUAGGAAUUGUAUAAAGGUAGUUUCAUAGGUUGUUUAUAAAAACCAAUAAACUAGUACUGAAGAGAAGUCCCUUGCCAAACAAUUUUUAAGCAAACAAGACAUCUCGAGGCCGAGCUAAUUGGUUUAUUGCUGAUGUGCGCAUUCUUAUUUAGAUUUCCUGUUUGGUUUUCCAAAUAUGGAAAAUUUGCAACAUCACAGGGAAUAAAUGGAUUCACUUUUCCAAUAGUGCAAAACGCCACAAUAAUAUACGGACUUUUUAUUGAAAUAUAUUUUGAUAUUCGCAUUUUUCAGGUAUGGAUAUUAGUUUACCAAAAUGUUUGUAUUUUUAAAAGAAAAUAUGAAAAAAUACUGUCGUGAUUUUUGUGAUAUUUACAUCUUUGUCAUACGCCAUCAACGCAAACAACUUAUUUUUGUAGCAUGGCAAAAUAAAAAAGACAAACAAACAUA